AACAAAACCACGGAAUGUCAGGGCAGGUAGCGGAGCAGCCCAACAUGCGUGACGCCCAUUGGAAACGCAUGCAGGAGCCUUUGAAAGGAUGUCUGGAGAGCUUGUGAGCUCGAGAAAAGAGAUUCGCAGUACCUCAGGAAGCGCUGCGAAGGAGCUGCGGAAAGGCCGGCGUCACAGGCACCAGGGCGCGGAGCGCCUCGAGUGGCUCGUCAACCGCGCGUGCGGGCCCAGCCAGGCCUGCGACGCCUGUGUGCGGCAGCGGGGCGCCGACGAGGCCCCGGGGCGGCUGUGGUGCAAGUGCCUGGGCGCGCUGGAGCAGUCGCGGCAGAGGCUUCGGGUCCCCUUGGUGCUGGCGGUGGCGGCGGUGGCCCACGCCGCCGUGGCCCUCACGGCCACCGCCGAGCACGCGGCGGCCGCCGCCGCGGGCGGCGCCGAGCGCGGCGGCGAGGCCCGGCUGCUGUCCGAGCCGCUGGUGCGCGAGAUCGAGCUGGGCGGGGGCAGCCCGGUGAGGAGCGCCGGGGCGAGCGAGGCGUCCUACUCGGAGAUGCCGCCCGCGCCGGGCCGCGCGUGAAGCCUGCACCGCGCCGCCCGCGUCGUCCGGGCGCGCAGCGGCAGUCGUGGGGGCAGGGCCGGGGAGCGGCCAAG